CAGUGAUUGGUCAGAGCUGUAACGUCACACGCUGGUGUGUAUUUUUACAUGGUUCUGUCCUUAUAAAAGACUCAAUGUUGGAGAUAUCUCUUUCAACCAUCCAGAUGUUCUGCAUGACCACAGAACUGCAAGCAUUCUGAAACAUUCCUCUGAAGGUAAAAGACCCCUUUCAAAAAGAGCACUGACUCUACAUCCAGGUGACCAUGGAGAAUGUGUCAGCAGUGACGUCCUUCAUAAUGACGGCAUACACUGAACUGGAAGAUCACAGAUAUUUAUACUUCGUAUGUUUUCUUCUUUUAUACAUUAUGAUUAUAGUGGCCAAUGCAGUACUAAUAACAGUAAUAUACAUUGAGAGAGGUCUGCAUGAACCCAUGUAUUUGUUUAUAUGUAGCUUAGCUGUGAACGGAAUAUUUGGGAGCACAUCUUUAUUACCAUCUAUGCUUGUCUUUUUGUUGUCUCAUAGUUAUGAAAUAUCUCUGACCCAAUGUCUGUUACAGAUAUAUUGUUUACAUUCAUAUGUUUACGUUGAAUUUACUAUUUUAGCAGUGAUGAGCUAUGACCGUUAUGCUGCUAUUUGUCACCCAUUACACUAUCACCUCCUCAUGUCUCCUAAGAAGCUAUAUGCAGCUAUUACAUUAUCCUGGGUGAUUCCCUUCAUUUACUUUGCCCUUUUUUUCAUAAUGACUGCUCAGCGCACAUUUUGUGGCAGGAUUAUUGAAAAAGUGUAUUGUGCCAAUUUUUCUUUACUUAAACUGUCUUGUUUUGAUAUGAAUGUUCAGAAUAUUCUUGGACUGGCAUUAACUUUUGUCUCACCUUUAACUCAGAUCCUCAUGAUACUGUUUUCCUAUGGACAAAUAUUCAGAAUCUGCCUGUUUGCUUCUAAGGAAUCUCAAACCAAAGCUAUUCGAACAUGCACCCCACACUUACUAACUCUGAUUAACUUUUCUGUGGGAUGCUUAUUUGAGCACAUCCAGAGUCGUUUCAACAUGAGUCAUGUACCUCAUAAAGCUCGCAUAUUCCUAUCCGUACACAUGGGCAUAUUUCCCCCAUUGUUCAAUCCUGUAAUUUAUGGAAUUAGCAUUCAAGCCAUUAAAGAUCAGAUUUUUAGAUGGUUUAGCAGUAAAAAAAUAAGUGAACCCCACCCAAUGUGAUUAUUAAUGUAAUUUACAUUUUGUUCGUAACGCUGUACCCUGUAUCACUUGGGUUGCCAGAUGCCAGAUUUUGGGCUGGAAUUUCCAGUUUUCUAAUUAUUUGUAGGUCCAGUUUGUAGUCCCAACUGGACAAUAUAAAUACCCAGUCAGGAUAACUGAAAUUUGACUGCUAGUAUGCAACCAGUUUCUUCAAUGUCCACUGUAACAGUUUUUCCUUACUUAACCCCUCCCCCCUCCCCCAAACCCUGAUCAGUUAAUUAAAAUCUCGCCUAUUUCUGCAUGCUUGAUUUUCGGUUUUGAUUCAUUCUCAUUCUGGCAACCCUAUGCAUCACAAAGUAAUUUAAAAGACGCUGUAACAUGAAGAAUAACGGAAAUGUUGAAAAUUUCUUGUCUGCAUAUUGCUUGGUUUAUACAUAUUUAAAAUAUCUGUACUGUGAAGUAUUAAAAUGCUUUCAGUGACCAGGAUUUUUUGUAACAUAGACCACACCUACUUAGUUUUGCCACAACCAGUCAAACAAAAUCAUUUGUAAUAGCAAGCACUAACACGGGGACACCCACUUUUAAAAAAUAAAUUUUAAAAACUGCAGGCCUCAAAUUUACACCUAGAAGGACACAUUGUAAAUGAUGAGUGCACAUGUGAUUUAUAUUUAUUUUAUAACAUUUCAUAUGCGGCUGCUCCAAAGACAUUUCCUCAGCCCAUUACUGAAAGACUCUCUCUGGGCGGCAGACUCUCUCUGGCUCCUUCAGGAGGUUGUGUUUGUGGGUGGAGCUGGAGACCGAGCCAAAUUAAUUCAUGCGUUGCACCUGCGCAACCUGCAUUCCAGGGACAAACUCAGCCAAAUUUGGGCUUCAGUGGUUCUUUGAAUGGCUGCUUUAAAUUGAGCCUCAGUCCUUGUGUGGGCUGUGUUGUGUAGCUCAAAGUGGGAAGACACUACUUCCUGUUACUUUCCGUUUUGUGCUUUUUGGUUUCUUAGGUUUUGGUCAGAGUAGGACCUGUCCUGUAAAGGCUUACUUG